CUAAGGUAUGUGUCCCUGGCGACUGGGUUGAUCUUCUUCAAGUCUUCUAGAAGCCUCGCGUCCCCUCCGUUGGUUGAAGCCGAGGGCGUUCCGUUGUCGUCCGCCAAAAGCUUUGUGCCAAACCUCCUCCAAUCCAUGUCCUUCGUCUGAUCUCAGCCGAGUCCGGCAGCAUCGCCUCCAGGGAGCAUGUCAAAACUAGAAAUUGCAUCAAGUGAAGGUGGUACUUGGUGUUGUUCCAUUUGCACAUAUGAGAAUAGUCAACGUUUUAUUGCUUGUGAACUAUGUGGAAUUCUUCGGAAUUCCUCUGUGAAGUUUGAAAUUGAUGAUCAAGCAGUUAACAGAACAAGCAUGAAUUCUGAAGUUUCUCUCAUGGGCAGAUCAUUAUUUUAUCAAUCAUCUAAUAGCAUGCCCAAGGCAUCUGUCACCUGUGCCAGCUUCCUUAACAAUAAAGCUGGUGAACCCCUUGAGAAAGGACAACUUUCUGCACUCAUUGAUCUCCAGAACAUAUUUUUGUCUCCAUGUUGCAAUCAAACCAAACAUAUAGAACCCUUCAGGUUUGAUACACCAUCACCAGAUGAUUUAGUUUCUUCUGGGAAGAGCACAAGAGCUUUUGACAAGGUUGACUCAAUGCUUUCAACAUCUCUGAAGAAUAUACGAACUGCUACUAGGAAAAAGGGAAUAGUAGAACUUUUACCUGACAAUCAAGUGCCAGAGAUUUUGGUGGCAUCAUCUUUGCCAAACUCUCACAAUGAUAAUGUAAGUGGAAAUCCCAGUAGUUCGAGAGGGGGAAGUCCCAGCAGUUCAAGAGAGGAAAAACAAGAGUUAGCUAACAAUCUCCAAAUCUUGAAGUUAGAGUUCUCUACAACUAGUGGACAUGAAAAAACCAAUUCAGUUUCUGACUACAAACCAGAGGAUUGGAUGCUUUCUGACAAAGGAAGAACCAUAAACCAGUUAAACCUUGCAAUUGUAGGUCAUGUUGAUUGUGGAAAAUCCACAUUGAGUGGAAGAUUGCUACAGCUUUUGGGGAAAAUUUCUAAGAAAGAGAUGCAUAGAUAUGAGAGAGAGUCAAAGGAAAAGGGAAAAGGUUCAUCUGCCUAUGCAUGGGCAUUAGAUGCGAGUGUUGAGGAGAGGGAAAGGGGCGUAACAAUGACAGUUGCUGUUGCAUACUUUUCAACAAAAAGAUACCGUGUUGUUUUGCUGGAUUCACCAGGUCACAAAGAUUUUGUUCCAAACAUGAUAUCUGGUGCAACUCAAGCAGAUGCUGCAGUUUUGGUUGUAGAUGCAGCUAUGGGUGCAUUUGAAGCAGGUAUGGGUGGCAAAAUUACCGGACAAACUAAGGAGCAUGCACAGCUUAUUAGGAGCUUUGGUGUUGAGCAAAUAAUAGUAGCAAUCAAUAAGAUGGAUCUUGUGGACUUCUCCAAAGAUCGGUUUGACUGUGUAAAGCUGCAAUUGGGCCAUUUCUUACGUACUUGUGGAUUCAAGGACUCAUGUGUGACAUGGAUUCCUCUAAGUUCCCUGGACAAUCAAAAUUUGCUCACAACUGCUUCUGACAAUCGCUUGUCUUCUUGGUACCAAGGAUAUUGUCUUCUGGAAGCCAUUGAUGGUUUACCACCUCCUCAACGGGAUGUUUCAAAGCCAUUUCUUAUGCCUAUAUGUGAUGUUAUUGUUAAACAUUCAUCAGCACAAGUAGCUGCUUGUGGGAAAAUAGAGACUGGAGCUAUUCGAAUUGGUUCCAAGGUUAUAGUCAUGCCUUCAGGAAAUCUAGCUACUGUAAAAAAUAUAGAGAGGGAUUCUUCUCCUAGCAAUGUAGCAAGAGCUGGUGACAAUGUGGCUGUCAGUUUGCAUGGUGUUGAUGCAGGACAUGUGAUCCAAGGUGGAGUUUUAUGCCACCCAGAUUUCCCUGUUAACAUUGCAUCUAACUUAGAGCUGAAGGUUCUCAUCCUCGACAUUGAAACUCCAAUUAUUGUUGGAUCUCAGGUUGAGCUCCAUGUACUUCACUCGAAGCAAGCUGCAAAGGUGGUAAAACUACAGUCGCUGUUAGAUCCAAAAACAGGACAUGUUAUAAAGAACACACCACGUUUCCUCAUAGCCAGGCAAAGAGCUAGUCUAGAGGUGGAACUAGAUGGAGAUUUAUGUGUAGAAGAAUUCUCAAGUUGUCGGGUUCUUGGACGGGUCUUCUUGAGAGCUUUAGGAAGCACAAUUGCUGUAGGCAUCAUUACUCGCAUUCUCAAACAGUGAUGAAUGUCCAACAACAGAAUCAGUGCAUUGCAAUUGAUUGGAGAACAGUUGCCACAUCUUCAUUUCUCUUAAUCCACUUGGCAUGCAUAUCUUUGUGCACUUAUGAGGCCGCAGGAGCAGUGCUCUGGGUGUUCCUUCUCGAACAUGAUGCGACACAAAAUGCACAGCCAAAAGCUGGAUCUUCGCGAGGGAUGAUAAUGAAAAUUCUACCAUCAUGAAUGGAAACAGUUAAAUUUUGGUUUGACGGAUAUUCAUUGUUUCCUGGAAACCAAAUGUUCAAUAGAUGGUGUCAGUUUAGGAGAAUUGAGCCAAAUUUCUCCAAUCUCUUCCUGUUUUGAAUGCACAUGAAGAAGAUGAAGAUCUCCAACUAACAAUUUCUUCUGUGAUAUAUAGGUCCAUUUCCUGCUCAAAGUUCACAUUGUUUUGCAAACGAAGGGAAUCAGAAAGAAGCAAUGGCAACUUGCUCAGUGACUGAAUGGCUAGUUAAUUGGUACCCCUCGCAGUUGUUGAAUGAUUGGAUUGUGGAUGGUAUUAAAAUGGUCCGAGCGAAGGAUCUCAUGCAACUUGAUAAAACGAGCUCACCGGAUUCUGGCAUCUAGGCAAAUGCUUACAUAUCUACUUGAUAAAACAAAGGAGAGACGGUUCCCCGGUUCCCCUAACAGGAUGGGAACGACCUUCGGGCUUUUCGGCCUUUCCUGUGAGAAGAGAAUUUAAGAAUAUUGACCGUUUGGAUGAGUUUUUAUGAGUACUUUUUAAUUUGUUUUGAUGGUUGAUAGAAAAUUUUUAUAAGGUCGAAUCGGUCACUCUUAGAAUUAGUUUGUUUUGGAUAUUAUUAGGACCUUUGGCGGCCGGUUUGAGGGAGUGAAUAGUCCUGCAAAAAAAAUAACCUUUUUCGGACUUUAUAGUUUAAUAAAUAUUAACACUGGCAUAAAAUAAAUAUAAGAAAUUAAAGCAUAGAAGAGGCAUGAAAGAGUUUACAAGAUUACAACUAGAGAGGUUGUUAGUAUAAGGAAGAUGAAAAGCGCACUAAACUCUCCUUCAGAUAGAGAUUUUUUUACAAUAGUUGAACUAUUAAAAAUAUGAAGGUAGAUAAAAGAAAUCGUUUAUAAGUGUUCUUUUUUUUUUUUUUCUUAUUGUAUGUUGCUUCUGGGAGUAGGGCUGUUUUUGUAGCGGGGCGUUUGGAAUGAGAUAAAAGUUUAAUCCCCGACGUAGCAGGUCGUGCUACGUCGCAAAUGACUAACUUUUUUUUUGUUCCAGGUGCUUGGAAGGGUUCCGGGCGUCCAAAUCAGAAAGUCAACUUUCAGUUGUUUUUUUGGUUCGGGUUUUCCACUUCGGUCUCGCUUGCAUUGGUUCAGAUCUUCCGUUCCGGUUUCGCUCGCUUGAGUGAUCUCAAUCAUUUGAAAUAGGGUUCACCCGAACCUAACUUCCAACCUUUGAGCAAUCUUCCGUUUCGGCUUCUCGUCCCUCGGAAACGUUGUAGCCUCCUUCUCGUUCGCCCACGUACUCUUCCGUAG